CACUCCCGCGCGUGGUAUGGCCCGGCGGGCGCCCACUCCGGGCGCUGGUUAUAAAGGCCCGGCUGCGGCAGCCGACUGCGGACUCAAGAUGCGUCCUAAAGAGUCGGGGCCCGGCUACGCGAGGCACCGGUUCAGACCCCGGGAUCCGGCGGGAAUCACCCUCGCACCCCCACUCGCAGCCAAUCCCGCUCCAGAGCCCUCUGCGCAGUUUGCAGCCGCCCCUGCGCGGGCACCCGCGGCCGGACAGGGAGCAGGAUCCAGAUCCCCUUCCGUCUCGGGACGCCCAGCCGGAGCUCGCCCGACCUCCAAGGCUGGAUCGGCGGCAGGAGCCCCACGCGCGUCCGCAAUCUCAGCCGCCCAGCGGCAUGCCCCGUCCGUGCCCGGCACCUCGGACGCCCCAUGGACCCGCUUCAUAUUCCAGGGGCCCUUUGGUCCCCCGACUACUGGCCUGGGGACUGGAAAGGCGGCGGGCAUCUGGAAGACGCCGGCCGCCUACAUCGGCCGUCGGCCUGGGGUGUCGGGCCCCGAGCGUGCCGCCUUUAUUCGGGAGCUGGAGGAAGCGCUGUGUCCUGACCGAACCCCACCAGUCAAGAUCACCCAAGAAGAUGUCAGACUGAUGUUAAAUCUGCUAGAGGAGAGAGAGCGGGACCUAAAUACGGUGGCUCGCAUUGGCCAGUCCCUGGCGAAACGGAACAGUGUUCUGAUGGAGGAGAACAGCAAGCUGGAAGCCAUGCUGGGCUCAGCCAGGGAGGAGAUUUUACACCUCAGACACCAGGUGAGCUUGCGAGAUGAUCUCCUCCAGCUCUACUCAGACUCUGAGGAGGAGGAAGAGGAGGAGGAGGAUGAAGAAGAGGAAGAGGGAGAGGAAGGAGAGGAAGAGCAGGAGCAUGAUCAUCCCUAUGGAGCCUCUGAGCCGACUUCCGUGCAGGAGUCCGAGUCGCCGCACUACUGCCCGAAGCUGGAAACCCUGCAGGAGCAGCUGAGGCGGCUGGAGGAGGAGAACGAGCAGCUGAGAGAGGAGGCCUCUCAUCUCGAUGCCCUUGAGGAGGAGGAGCAGAUGCUCAUCCUGGAUUGUGUGGAGCAGUUUUCUGAGGCCAGCCAGCAGAUGGCCGAGCUGUCGGACGUGCUGGCGCUCAGGAUGGAGACCCACAACCAGCAGCGGAGGGAGGUGGCCCAGCUGCGGACCCAGGUCCUGAUGCUGCAGCAGCGCUGCCAGAUGUAUGGAGCCCAGACGGAGAAGUUGCAACGGCAGCUGGCUUCGGAGAAGGAAAUCCAGAUGCAGCUCCAGGAUGAGCUGCAGGACCUGCGGGAGAGGUACACGGAGUGUGGGGGCAUGCUGACUGAGGCCCAGGAGGAGACGAAGACCCUCCGCCAGCGAGCCCCAGUGUCCACUGGCCCUGUCACCCACUACACAUACAUUGUACCCGUGGAGGCCCUUCCUGGUUUCCAGGAGACCCUGGCCGAGGAGCUCAGAAUGUCUAUAAGGAGGAUUAUCUCAGACCCUGUGUUUUUUAUCGAAAGGAAUCACGGAACUGCUGCAGAGGAGAUGUCACACCUGGGGUACAAGCUGUGCUGCGGUGAGGCACGAGAGCAGGAACGGGGGUUCGAGGCUGAGAAGGGGUUAAUGACAGCAGAGGACUUUGUGCCUUCGGAGGAGGAGCGGGGGGCCACAGAAGAGAGGGUGUCAGCUGAGGAGGGGUUGACAGAAGAGGCGGAGCUGGUGUCGGAGGAGGCUGAGGCCUGGGAGGAGGUAGAGCCGGAGCUGGAUGAGGCGACGCAGACGAACGCAGUGACCUCAACCCGGGCAGCCAGCGGCUUGGGCCCCUCUCACCUCAGCAUGAGGCGUGUCCUCCGGCAGCUGGCUAACUGGCAGGACUCGGGGUACAGGUAGCAGCUGAGGCAGAAGAUGCUCCAGGAAGGUGAGUGCUCCCGCAGGGGCCUCCCUCUGGCCAGCCGGACAAGCUGCAGAUCAUCAAGCCGAUGAAAGGGGAGGGUAGGUGAGCCCCCCAGGUGCUCACUUACCCCGGCCAGGCCCCACCCAGCGUGCUGAUUUGCAUGGACUUUGCAUAUCAUUUCCAUAGGCACCGGGGAUCUGUGGCCCCAGGGCUCAUUUAUGUGGAAUUGGCAUAAGAUUCCAGAGCUCUACCCCCUUUUCUCCUGGGAGGCUGGGCUGGGGGUCAAGACCGGGACUGCUGCCCUCCGUUCCACCUCAGCUUCCUGUCUCUGCCGCCCCCAGCCCCAAGGCUCCCCAACCCUGCACCAGUGGCAGCAGCAGGCCAAGACAAUGUGGGGGGUGGGGCGGCAGAGCAGCAGCCUCGGGUGCUGACCCAGGACUUCCAGAGACUGGAGGAGGACAGGGCCAACCACCCUCCCAGGGCCUGGGAGGAGGACGGGGGUGUUCUGGGGCCACCCAGGCCAUUGGGACAAAGGCCUCUGCCAGCAAGGGUGGUCGGACCAGUCCCCUGGGUGAGUCUGAAGAUGGGCUAGGGUCUCCUCCAGGGUGGUGGGGGGUGGGUCAGGGUCUCCUCUCCCCAGCUAGAAACCCCAAGGUUUGGGGAGCUACACCUACUGAAUGCAGGCUGCCUUCAGGGAGCUCACAGAGACGCAUUUUUUCCUUUAGUUGUCACACCCUGUAGGUAGGAGUUCUUGUCCCCCUUUGUUAGGUGAGAACAGAGCUAAAGUAACUCGCUGGAGGUCACACAGUUGGGGUGGAUCUGAGCCUGUUCCGUUCACUGCUAUGCCAUAAUGACUUUCCUGGCCUAUCCCUCCCCUCCGACCCUGUCCUGGUGCCUGCCUAGCCCGCUCAGCCAGCUGUGAAAUUUAGAGCCUGUUGCUAGCCUCACCAUCGUAGGUGGCCUGCCCCCACUCUGAGGGCGCUUUGGUCACUGCUGGGCAGCCUCAUCAGGGUCACCAUGGAAGGUUGUGCAGUUUGUAUACUGAACAGUGACCUCUAUGGCGGGCCGGUGGGCAGCCUGCACAACGAUCAGUCGUGGCUGUCUUUCUCAUAUAGCUGACAAGGCCUCAGCCCCUGCCCACUCUCCAGGCCCCCAGUUCACCUCCACUCCCCUUCUCUUCCAGGCUUUGCUGUGUCCCAGCAGCCUGCAGAGGCCCCACAGACAGCCUGAGGCCCCUCCUUCAGCCGCCUGGCCAAGUCCCACCUGCCCCAGAAACC